AUUGCGCGGGAAUGUAGAAACUCGAACACUCAAUAUGUCUUAGCCAAUACUUGUGAGAAUACAAGUAUAAGAAAAUACAAAAUUCAGCAUUAUGGACGCGUUUUUAAAAGGAUCUACAUCUUCUACAGCAUCCCUGAAGAGCAAAGUGCAGCCCACAAAGGAACCGAGGGCCGUACCAUGGGUGGAGAAAUAUCGUCCAAAAUCUGUUGAUGAAGUCGCUUACCAAGACGAGGUCGUAAACGUUCUGAAAAGAACACUUGAGCUGGAUCAAGCAGCUGAACUUCCCAAUCUUCUAUUCUAUGGACCACCAGGCACUGGUAAAACGUCAACAAUAUUGGCAAUAGCAAGACAGUUGUAUGGACCAGAGCUGAUGAAGGAUCGUGUGCUAGAGUUAAACGCUUCAGAUGAAAGGGGUAUCGAGGUUGUUCGAAACAAAGUGAAGAAGUUUUCUCAAAGAGCUAUUUCCUCUACCACGCCCAGUGGGAAGAAAUGCCCUCCUUUUAAGAUAGUCAUCUUGGAUGAAGCAGAUUCUAUGACGAGAAAUGCUCAGGCGGCACUUCGAAGGACCAUGGAGAAACAAAACAAAACGACAAGGUUCUGCCUUAUCUGCAACUAUGUGAGCCGAAUUAUUGAGCCCCUCACUUCACGAUGUUCCAAAUUUCGUUUUAAACCUCUACAUGAUGACAUUCUGGUAAAAAGACUAAAGGAAAUUUGUGGCAAAGAAAGCGUUCAAUAUGAAUCUGGAGUCAUAGAAGAACUUGUAAAAGUAUCCGAAGGUGACAUGCGAAAGGCAAUAACCUACCUCCAAAGUGCUUCGAGAUUGAAAGGAGAUGAACAGGUCGCAGUUCAAGAUAUUGUCGAAAUCUCUGGUAUUGUUCCUGAAAAUGUCAUAGACGCUAUUCUUGAUUCGGCUACUUCUAAUUCGUUUGAAAGAUUAGAUUCUUCUGUAAAGGACAUUAUAUUGGAAGGCUAUCCUGGAGCUCAAAUCAUUAGUCAGAUCCAUGACCGCAUAGUUGAAAUAGACCAUAUUACUGAUAAACAAAAGUCCGUGAUCACAGAAAGGCUAGCGAUCGUCGACAAAUGCCUGUCUGACGGCGCAGAUGAAUACCUCCAAUUGUUAGAUUUGUGCUCCACCAUAAUGACCCAGUUUUGUAAGGAUAGGUCGAGUUAGAACUAUAAAAGUGUAACUUGUUGCUUCUCGUAGAACCUGCAUGCAUGCUUGCUACAGAUUACGAAAACGGAUACAUAUUAAAUUUACAAAAUAUUGCGUAUAUUUGUAGCAUACGAAAUAUUAAAGUCUCGGUAAAUUUUUUUGUAUAUAGAUCUCACGUUAUAAUACAGUAGCUAAAUCCAAUUUGUCGACGUGUUCGUCCCUCUAACAAGCUCAAUUAUUGUAUGCCAUGAGUUUAAUUUCACCAUUGGUGAGGUACGUUGUGUGUUAGCUUUACGCUUGGAAACAAAAAACAGGUAUAUUGUGUUGUUGAUACUUAAUUGGAAUUAAUCGCACGUUGAAUGAUUUACUUGUUUUGCAAAUU